UCAAAUACAAAUUGUAUAAAUUCCUUGAAGUAGGUACAGAUCGGUAACUCCUUCUUGGUUUGCUUCGAAAGCACCAGUUCAGUACGGAAACAAAUAAAAAAAAAACAAUGCCAAAGCAGUAUCUGGAGUAAGACCGCCGCUGCACGUUGGUCUGGUCUGUAAGAGCCAAAAUGGGUGCGAUGUUCAGCUACAGGAAAUAUUACUUCAAUACAUUUCAAAACCCUCUACUAAGUUUUUUUUUAAGUCGCAACACUUGUUGUUUUUUCAGUAAAUCCUUCCUUUUUAUUGAAACGCCCACGCCCGAGAGGCCGAGACCCGAGCAGAGCCGAUCUCCGACCGAGUUCAACGCGUCGUCUGACAUUUUGCGACUUCCUGUCCUACCUAAGCGCGCCGCAACGUACGUCGUACUCGGAAGCGGUUUGCCGUUGAUACCGGUGGUUGUACACUUGUUGUGAUAAAAUAAAUUGUGCUUAAUUUUACUCAAUUAUCAUUGUCGUAUUGAUCUUUACUAUCUGAGUAGUCUUCUUCUAAAUCGUUUACGAUGACUGUUACGAAGAAGCCAAAAAAUCCGGAGGAUAUUGCGUUUGAUGAGGAACCUGUUCUUGCCUUGGAAAAUGCGUUUGCAGCAUUUAGGCUGACUCGUCCGAGGUCCCCGCGGCCUCCUCUGCCUGCUAUCUUCUUCAACAGCACCUAUUUCGACAGCUUUUUCCAACGCUGCAACUACUGCGUUACCAAAUACUUCAAUCUGGAGCCAUGGGACCUGACCCUGGGCUUCUACGACAAGGACUAUUGUAGCUGCUCCUUGAAGAGGAUUGUGAACCGUGUCAAGGGCCUGCCGGAGGAUACAGGACUGAAUACUCUGAGGGACUGUCCUCACCGUGUGAUUCCUCACAAUUUCGCCCUAGAAAUUGAUAACUAAUGACUUCCACAAUAUUAUAUCCCAGUGGAAAGUCAUUACCCCACCAAUAUUUAUUUGUAGUGAUCCAUGUCUAUCAGUAAAUGUUGCUUCAUAUUGUGAUAAUUUUUUAAUCAAAUUUAAACUUUAUAUUUUUUAUAUUGAGUUUAAUAAUUGCAGCUAAGCUGGUAGGAAAGAUUUUGACCUGUUUGGCUAUCCUCAGAAUUGUAUAUCAAAAUAAAAUAUUAACAAGGUGUGCAACACCAAAGAGUUAACUUGCACAGCUUAACACAAGGG